AUGCCAGCUGAUGUGGCAGCCGGCAAGCCUUUCCGAAACGACGCCAGUCCACCUUCCCCGUGGCCUGCUGUCCCUCCGUCCUCCUUGAACCUCACUCGUUCUCCAACAACAGCGACUGCGGAUCUGGAUGAAUCCAUCGAGCUAGGCGACAUGCGCCACGACCACAUCGACGCGGAUGCGAACCAGCCGCUCAUAUCAGGCCCAGGAGAUGCGCCGCACCUCAUCAGUUCCCGCCAGCCAGUCAAGGUCACCCUCCGCAAUGCAGGUCCGGUAAUACGUUUCCUCACCCUGUCCGCCGGCAUAUCUGGACUUCUGUUUGGUUUCGAUACGGGUGUCAUCAGUUCUACACUGGUCUCAAUCGGCACAGAUCUCUCCAAUCGGCCUUUGACGACAACCGACAAGAGUAUUGUAACCGCCAUCACCUCACUCUUCGCACUGCUUUCAGCACCGAGCACGGGCUUCUUUGCAGAUCGAUAUGGCAGAAAGUCCGUCAUCCUGGUCCCAGCGAUGUUGUUCGCACUCGGCGCUGUGAUUCAGGCCCUGGCUACCUAUGUCUGGAUCAUGGCCGCAGGAAGGGCACUUGUUGGUGCUGCCGUAGGCGUCGCAUCUGGUGCGGUUCCUUUAUACAUCACCGAGCUGGCACCUGCCGAACUACGUGGACGGCUGGUUACUAUACAAUCGCUCUUCAUUACUGGUGGCCAAGUCGUUGCAUAUUUGAUCGGAUGGGGAUUCGCAGCAUUUCCCCAUGGCUGGCGGUACAUGGUCGGCGUUGGCGCAGUGCCAGCUUUGCUGCAACUUGUUCUGCUAUUCUGGAUGCCGGAAACACCAAGAUGGCUUUUGCAGACAGGCGAAGAUCACCGAGCACGCCAAGUGCUGCAAGAUGUAUAUGCUACAUUGCCAGCAUCAGACAGAGAUAUUGUCGUACAGCACGUACUGACGAGCAUCCAAGCAGAAAUUCAGGCAGAGGACAAAGCUAUGCAGGGCUUUAGCACGAGCAGUAACGACAGCAACAGAUUCCGCGAUGCGACAAAUGAACUCAUCAUGGUACCUGCAAAUCGUCGGGCCCUGAUUAUAGCUUGCAUGCUCCAAGCUCUGCAGCAGCUCUGUGGAUUCAACUCAUUAAUGUACUUUAGCGCGACAAUCUUCGCCAUGGUCGGAUUCACGUCUCCGAUCGGCACUUCUUUAUCGGUAGCAUUGACCAACUUCAUCUUCACAAUCGUGGCCUUCGCUUUUAUCGACAGCGUAGGACGGCGCAAAAUUCUACUAUGGACGAUCCCCUUCAUGGUCCUCGGUCUAGUGGCUUGCAGUUUCUCGUUCGAAUUCAUUCCCACGAAUGAUUCAGAAACAGCAGUCGCUGCGCAAACGGGAAGCGCAUCCUGGUCGAUCGUCCUCCUGUUCAGUCUGAUCGGUUACGUUGCAGCAUAUGCUACCGGGCUGGGCGUUGUGCCUUGGCAACAAUCGGAGCUGUUUCCUCUACGCGUGCGCUCUGUGGGGUCUGGUGCUAGCACUGCUGUCAACUGGAGCUCGAAUUUCAUCAUCGGAAUGACAUUCCUGCCAAUGAUGAACUUCCUGGGAGCCAGUAUCACUUUUGCGUCCUACGCUAUGAUCUGUGCUUUCGGCUGGGUUAUGAUUUGGAAGAUCUACCCCGAAACGGCUGGACUAGAGCUGGAAGGCAUAAGCGAGCUCUUGCAUGACGGCUGGGGAGUGGAAGAUAGCAUGAGAGAUAUAAAAUUGAACAUGCCGAAACGGCCACGAAUACCUCUGCGCGAAAACGGACCUAUCUUCAACACACGCGUCAACCUGAACCUCACGCUCUUCACGCAGCCAACUCACUCUUUGGCGACACAUGUCAUGGAUAGCUUCCUCGUGCAUGAGCUGAGCACAAAGAUAAUGCUCAAGCUAGGAUUUGCGACAACUGGCGAAGCGCGACUGCCCAAUAGUCCAGAGCUUUGCCUAGCAUUGCGCCUGGACACAAUGCUCUGGAAAAUGGCCGCUUUGAAUACUCUCAUUGGCCUCAUAGUUGCAGUUGGCUGUACCGUUCUAUAUUCCAUCCUAGGCAACAAGAAGAGGCCAGGACUGCCUCCAGGUCCCAAAGGCCUACCUCUUCUGGGGAAUCUCCGUGACUUGCCAAGGCCUGGAGAGCGUGAAUAUGAGGUCUGGACUAAACACAAGGAGCUCUAUGGCCCGAUCAGCUCUUUGCACAUCCUUGGGCAGACAAUCAUUGUUAUCAAUUCAGCAGAUUUGGCUAUGGAACUUCUUGAGAAACGGGCUACUGUGAGCUAUACCCGCCCGUCCAUGGUCUUCGCGGGCGAAAUGUGCGGAUGGAACAAGAUCAUGAUGUUCCAAGCUCCUCGCAGACUUCGCGCCUACCGAAGACAUUUUCACAAUGUAAUUGGAUCGCAGAGUUCUCUGGUCAAAUUUAUGCCGCUUUUGGAAACAGAGGUGAAAAGGUUUCUAGUGAGAGUGCUCGAGAACCCAAAUGAUCUGUUGCAGCAUGUCAGAACUGAAGCUGGUGCCGUUAUUCUGAAGUUGACAUAUGGUUACGAUAUCGAGCCGCACAAGCAAGAUCCUCUCAUCAAGCUUGCUGAAGAUGCCAUGGAUCAAUUCUCUCACGCUGCUGCACCGGGAGCUUGGAUCGUGGACUUGAUACCUGCGUUCAAGUACGUACCAGACUGGAUGCCUGGAUCAGGCUUUAAGCGCACAGCUCGUCUAUGGCAAAAGACGUUUCUCAAGCUAGGCAAUGUGCCAAUGCGAUUUGCGCAGCGACAGAUGAAGGCAGGGCAUCGCGAACCUUCCUUUGUGUCCAGCGUAUACGAGAAAUCCGAUGGGCGUAUGACUGCCGAAGAAGAAGAUAUUGCCACCUGGUCUGCCGCAUCGAUGUAUGCUGGCGGAGCUGAUACCUCUCCUCCAUGCAACUCUUCUUACCAGCAGCAGGUCCCCACUGCUAACGAAGAUAUUCCUGGCGUCGCGAACAUCCCGCAAAUGAACGACGAAGGUGCCGACCAACCCCCGGCACUGCAGCAUCUGGCGCACGCUUUGCAGCACGACUACGAGUGUCUAUAUGCAGCUGACCCGCUGGAUGAUGACAUGCACGCUCGGUUGCAGGCCGUGGCCGAGACGGUUCGGCGAGAGGACGAGCAGGCUUGGGAUGACUCGUGGGCCGUCGGCGUUGAGAAGGACCGAAGGAGGUCGAUGGCGAGGCUGAUGGCAGUGGCGGAGGACGCUCGUGUAGCGCGUGAAGUCUCUGAUGCGUUUGAUUAUCAGCGAACAAAGCGCGAAGGUGGACAGGGACGGGGAGCAAGGCGCUUGUGAAGAGGCAGAGCAGAACGAAGGUGGCAGGCGCAGGAUGUCGAAAAAGGCAGACCAGGAUGGUGUUGACGAGGCCGAGAUUGGGGCAGGACAGGAGGUCGGAGAUGACACAGAAUAGUGAGGAGGGUCGAGGCUCGGGAGGAAAGAACAGC